AUGGGAUUUUUGAGUUUAUCGUUCUUUUGUUUAUGGAUUCUUGAAAUUGUUGCUGCCCAACCAAAAACUGAACCCCGUGAAGUGGAUGCAAUUAACAAGAUUAUUGAUCAUUGGAAAUUAAGAAGCAAGUUGAAUUUAAGUGUUGACCCCUGCAUCCAAAAUGCUACUUGGGCUCCUGAUGCUGCAAACCCAAGAAUUGCGUGUGAUUGUUCAGAUACUGUUUGCCAUAUUACCCACUUAAAAAUAUAUGCUUUGGAUGUGUCUGGUGAAAUUCCUCAAGAACUGUUUGUGCUGACAGAACUUAUGGACUUGAAUUUGGGUCAGAAUGUAAUAAACGGUUCCAUUCCACCAGAAAUUGGGCUGUUGUCGAAAAUGAAAUACUUGAGUCUUGGCAUUAACAACAUCACAGGUCCAGUGCCUGUAGAGCUUGGCAAUUUAACCAAGUUGCUCUCCUUAAGUUUAAGCUCAAACAAUUUCUGGGGAACCUUGCCCCCGCAGCUUGGGAAUUUAACCUCCUUAACUCAGCUGUACAUUGAUAGCAGUGGACUGAGUGGACCAAUACCACAAGAACUCUCGAACUUGAAGUUGCUCCAGACAUUGUGGGCCUCUGAUAAUCGUUUUACCGGAAAUCUUCCUGAGUUCUUUGGAACUUUUACAGAUCUCAAAGACCUGAGACUCCAAGGAACUUCUCUCGAUGGCCCAAUUCCAAGUAGCUAUGGUGCACUAACCAAGCUGGAAGACUUGAGAAUUGGAGAUCUCACUGGAGAUGAUUCUUCUCUGGCUUUCUUAGAGAACUUGACAAGUUUGUCCAUAUUAUCAUUGAGAAAGUGUCGAAUUGCUGGUCCACUUCCAGAACAACUUAGCACUUUGCCUGACUUGAAAAUAAUGGACUUGAGCUUCAACAAGUUGACUGGUCCAAUACCAACGUCGUUCAAAAACUUUUCUUCGCUACAAUUUUUAUAUCUUGGAAGCAAUAAUCUGAAUGGGGAUUUGACUCCAGACGUUAUAAGUUCAAAACUCAUCGCCUUAGAUGUAUCUUUCAAUUCUCUCUCUGGAAAUUCACUGCUACAUCGGAAUGAUCUAUCCAUGAAUGUGGUUGGAACUGCCAUUAACGACAAUAAUUUGAAUAAUGGGAAGGCUUCUUCCAUGUUACAGUGUCUUCAAGGAAAUACGAAGUGCAGUACUAAAUUUCCAUCCAAAUCAUUUUCCAUCAACUGUGGAGGCACAAAACUAGCGUCUGCAGAUGGCAUCCAAUUUGAUGAUGAUUCAGAACUGCUCGGUGCUGCCUCACUGUACUCAAGUGCUAACAGUCAGUGGUCCCUUAGCAGCUCGGGGGUUUACAUUUCCAACCCGAACGGACCUAGAUAUAUCACGCAGACAGAUUCUCAAAUCACAAACACAUUGGAUUCUGAACUCUAUAAAACAGCUAGAAUAGCACCGAGUUCAUUAAGGUACUACGGCCUUGGAUUGGACAGUGGGAAGUAUCUAGUUGAACUUCACUUUGCUGAGAUACAAAUGGAUGAUUCACAUUCUUGGAAAGGUCUAGGGCGACGUGUGUUUGAUGUUUACAUUCAGGGCGAAAAAGUUCUCGAAGAUUUCAAUAUCGUAAAUGUAGCCGGUGGAUCUAAGAAAGCCUUGAUCAAGUCAUUUGAGGCAAAUGUGACAAACACGUUUUUGGACAUUCAUUUCUACUGGGCUGGAAGAGGCACUUGCUGCAUUCCAUUCCAAAGCACAUUUGGUCCUUUAGUGUCAGCUAUUCAUGUUACACAAGUGUCUAAUAUUGAUGGUUCAUCCAAGAGCAACAAGAAAAAGGUGGGGAGAAUUCUUGGAAUUACUAUUGGAUGUGCUGCAGGGUUACUCAUUAUAUCCGCCAUUUUCUACCUCUGGCGAGCAAAGAAGGAGCCAAAGCACACGCUAGUUCAUACUGACUCUCCAACGAAAGGUUGA